AUGUCGAUGGUUGUUAAUUCUUCCGACCAAGCAAUUACUAUGGAAAGUCUCGGAAUCUCCGGGCAUUGUGACGAUGUUUUUUGCAACGAAUUAACCGCCACUGUGAUUGGAGAGAUGACGAAACGACCUACAAGGCUUGAUAUACCGAUUGGUGUUGAUGGAUUUGUAGCUCCGAUUUCUUCAUCGGCCGAUGUAACUGUGACGUCGAGGGAGGAAUGUAGAGAGGUUGAAAGAGAAGGAUAUGAGGACACCGUCAACAAUGAGGAGAUAAGCAAGCCGAAGUCUAUGAAGUUACUAGCACACGCCGGAGACGACGAAUCGAUUAAGAGACAAGAAAAUGAAGACGAUGACGGGAGAACAACUGUUGACGACGACGACGGGAGAGGACGAAUUAAUGUCAGCCGAUUGAAAGCUUUGUUGAUGAUAACGACGAGAGAGUGA